AUGACCGCCCCCGCGCCGCCCGCCGCGGCCGCCGCGCCGUCCCCUUCCGACCCCGCGCGGGAGAGCGACGGCUCAUCAGACGCGCUUUCACCCGGGAGCAAAGAUCUCAGGGCGAAGCGCGACAAGCUCCAGGUGGAGAUGAUGGAGAUGGAGCUUCAGGAGCGUCGCGAGAAGCUCGCGCUGCAGCAGGCGGAGCGCGCGCAACGGAUCAAGGAGCGCGAGUUCGAGCUCGCGGAGCGCGCGGCGAGGUUCAAGUGGCCGUUCAACGGCGUCGACAGCGCGAUGGGCGCGGAGGCGUCGAGGCAAGCGCACCCGUCGGGACCGGGUCACGCGUCCACCUCGGGAGGGGGCCCAGGACAGACGUUUAAUCCGACGCACCAGCAGCCGCACCAGCAGCCGCCCGCGAUGGCGUUCGCCGCGCCGCCGCGGCCGUCCACGCCGCCGUCGUCGUUCGCCGCGCCGAAGCCGAGGAAGAAACUCUCGCUCCAGGUCUCCUCCGAGAUGGCCGUCUCCAUCGCGCCGGACGACGGCGCGUCGCAUCAGAUGCCGAACGAGGGCGCGGCGGAGGCGGAAUCUUCCGAGAGACUCCUUCAGAAGGAACCUCUCGAGGACCACGACCCGAUGACGGACCUGCCGAUCCCGCUGGACAUCGGCCGAGGCGCGGUGUUCGAAAAAGUAAAGCAGAUCAACGAGCACAAGGACGCCAUCAAGCGUUCGUACGUGGACCAGAUGACCGAGCUCGAGAUGAAGGAGCUCGAAGCCGCCGCCGAGGCGGAGCAGCGGAGACGCGCCGCGGAGAAGCUCGCCGCGCAGGCGAUGCUCGAGGUGCGCACGUCGAGGGUCACGGAGAUCACGAAGCUCAUCGCGGCGUCGCUGACGCUCGUGAAGAAGUCCAGCGAAGCUCUGGACGGGCUCGUGCUGCGCUUGGUGGACGUCAUCGAGCAAAACACCGCGGAGGACGUCGGGAUAAUCCACGAGGAGGAGAUCGAUUUCGACGGCAAGACGGUGAAGAGCAAGCUCAUGGAUCUCGUCACGCAAGGGUACGUCCCAUCGCAGACGCAGCUGGACGAGGCCGUGGAGGCGGUGGAGGCGAUGCGCCCUCGGAGCGAGCGCGCGACGGUGAACACGCUGCAGCGCGACCUCGCGAACUUGAAGCAGGUCGUGGAGGGUCUGGACGAGCCCAACACGACGGCGCAAGACGCGGAGGUUGUGCAGAAGGAGACGCUGCAAAAGGAAGAGGACGACGCAGCCGCGUUGAUCGCGAAGGCGAAGGCGCUGAGCGCGCGUAUCUUGCGCGAGGAAGCGGAGGCGACGGAGAGAGAGAAGGCGGCGUUGCAGCGGACGUUGGACUCGCUGCCGCCGCCGUCGGAGCUGAGCAAGCUGACGAUGGAGGAUCUCGCGGCGCGGGACGCGCCGCUCGCGGAUCUCGCGAAGAAGCUCGCGGAGGAUUCGCAAAAGGCGGCGGCGCAAGCGGCGGCGGAGGACGCGGCGUUGCCCGUGCCGCCGGAGCUCAUCACGGAGCUGCAGACGCUGAAGGGGAAGAAGAAGUACCUCCAGGAGAUCGCGGAGCUCAAGGCGGAGGUGGAGCGGUUGCAGAACCCGCCGGAGGAGGGGGGCGAGGGCGAGGGCGACGGCGAGGGCGGCGAGCCGGCGGCGGCGUGA